CGCCGCCCUCGAUCGACAGGCCACACGAUCAGGCUACGGCGCUCUUUCGCUCGUCUUCACACGCUCCUUCACCCUCGCUGCAACCAUCUACUCAGCCAGAUCGAGGCGCGUAGCAGCAGAGCAUACAGCUUGUGAUCUCGAUUCUCGGGACGCAAGGAUCAGGUUGCUCGAUGCCGGCCGACAUGGCGGGCAGGAGAGAGCAAGAUGUUGGUGGUGGCCCGACGGCAGCAGGCCUUCACGCUAGUGCGGGCGCCACCAACUUGGCAGCUCUAGCCAAUCGUAGACCAUCACCCUCGUCGCCCGCUGCCUCAUACUCUCAUCUAGAGACGACGGACGAGAAAGACCCAUCAUCAAUGUAUGCAGCUCCCGCCGCCGGCGCCAACCAGCAUCAUGCUGCAUCUUCACCUGGAGUUGACUACGCAACGCCUCCUCUCCCUCGUUCUCACUCUCGCACCGCAUCUACUUCAUCUGCGUCGCCCCGUCAGUCAAGGAGGAGCAGCGCUGCUCCACUGUCGUCACCUAGCCAUUCUCGCAAAGCAAGUCUAGCAGGCCUAGCAGAGCAUCCUUCUUCGUCUCGUACCACGCCAUUAAUCGACGAAUCAAAUACCUCGCCUUCCAGCGCUGGCUAUAUCUUUGAUUCAUCCUUUUUCAACUCGUGGGGAGCGGCCAAUAAUGCCAAUAUGCUCGGCGUAUCGACACCGACAAGCUCGUCCAUAGGCGGCAGUCGGCGAGGAAGUGCCAUGCCUUAUGUAGGUGGCUACCCACUCAGCAGCCGGCAGGCCUCUACAACGGGCUCGAUCCCACUCUCGGGAGUCAGCGCAGCCGCUUUGGGGAUGAUGAGCAUGGCAGGAGGCAACGGCACUAGCUCAGGGAGUAGCAGUCCGAGGAGUGCCGUCUUUCCACACCUUGGCGAAGGGAUCUCCGGUGUGGCCGACGAAGGGAUAGGAGGUGAAGUGGCAGGGGAUGGGCAAAUGCAAGCUGCGAGAGCACAUCACAAGCCGCGCAUGAGCAAGAAGGGUGGCCGUCGUAGCAGGUCAACAUCAACACGCAGCGCCUCGUCGGCCCUAUCGCCAGAGGUAGGAGGCCUGCCGCUCGUCCCGAAGAGGCGCAGCAGCGCUCGCAAUGGCUCGUCACCGGAAGACGUCGUCGCCGAAGAGCUGCUCCCUGCACAGUUACCGCCAUCGCCGCCCAUCCCAUCCGACCAGGCUCAGCCGGCUGACAUGCGCCACUCUCAGAGCUCUGAUCUGUCAGACUACGGUUCGCAGGCAGACGAGGACGAGGACGAGGGGACGCGCCGAAUCAAUACCGUCGAUAUGGGAUCGAGCAGCACAGGAGACUACAGUAACGUCCUGCAGCUAGCUGGAGGUCCACCAAAGCUGCAAAGACCGCAAAGAGGUCCGCUGUCCCCAGAAUCGGCAAUCUCCCGCAGAGAUCUGGCAGCAUCUCCCUCGUCAGCCUCGGCGUCUGGCUCGACCUCUCACUCUCUCCAUUCGAGCAACGCCUCUGGCGCGCCGGCGGCAAUGACUCGCUCGCUCAGCCCUCGCAAGCCGCGAGUCGAGCCUGGAAUGGAGAGACAGAGGAGCACGCUCUCGCACAGCAGCAUACCGAUGACGCCCGUAGAAUCAGCCGAGUCAGAUGAGGCGGCAUUGGAGGCAGCCGCUCUCCGCGACGCUGACCGUGAGGAUCCCAAUCGACCUCGCACGCUCAAGGAGGCGCGUGAAUUGGCCAAAGCCAGGGCUCAGGCGCGUCAAGACCCACAGCCAACAGCUCCAGCGCCUGCGCCUGCACAGCUCGCUGCAGUGAUGACGCCUUCGAGCAGCAAGCGCUUCGGUCAGGUCUCGCCUAAGUCGUCGGAAGAUCCUGCAACGAUGCCGAACAGCGCCGAGUCAACCAUGGAUGAGCUCCAGGCUGCCGUUGGAAGUGCCUUGAGCAAUCUCGACUUCAGUCCGACAGCAGGAGAAGAGUCCUUCGAUACCACCAGUACAGCCUCGGUACCAGGAGACUACGUGCCGGCCACCCCAGUCGUCAAUCGGUCAGAGUCUAGAGCGGAUGAAGGAGUUGAGCGGGCAAGCCUGGAGAUGGCGUACGAUUCGGCGCGAGAAUUUGACGAGGAGGAUGCGCGCGACCAGGUGGCUCAAACUCCUCGACGACAGCAGGACAGAGAAACGUCCGCGAGUGGGCUGGGCCUCGGCGGCGACGUCACGCCGUCCGCAGCUGGUGAACGGCCGCCUGCUGCGGAUCGCUCCACCUCUAGCACGUCCAUCGCGAUGCUUCGUCAGAAGAGUUCUCGGAGUAUCGCUCCCGCAUCUCCCACAGAAGAGCAAAAAUAUGUCAAGGGCGGCCCCCGAGAUGUGGCCGAGCGGCCUGGCGCUCUUUCUCUCUCCCAGGCGCUGGCGCUCGAUGGGCCACCGACUCCCGUCGUGUCACAAGACGACUGGAAGACGCCGCGGUCGAUACCAAAGCGAAUGGCCUCGGUUGCGCAGUUCAACGAGCCCGCCGGAGCAUCCACACCAACCGCAGCGCCGCCACCCGCAGCUGUACUUGCUCCUCCAACCCGUAUCACUGUGCCAGGCAAGACAGUUCCCUUCCCUCCCUCAUUCCACGUCUCUGCCAUCUCCGUCGACAAGAGGCGAGCACCGCCGUGGGAGCGAGCGAAAGCGUAUGCACAGUUCACCAACGAGCUCUGCAGCACGCCGAGCGGCAUCUCCCUCUGGAUCGAAGCGGCCACUCGUCGACCUAUCCCCAACUCCCACUCGGGCGGCAAGGCCUCGCUCAUGCCUGGUAGCGGCCUUGGAGGCGGGCCUCGCUACCCAGCUAGCGUGUCUGCAGCAGGCGCACGCUCUGCCACCACCACCGCAGACGGUGGCUUCGCCGUGCAUCCUCGGGACGUCUCCAACGCCAGCGUACGAUCGGACCAGACCUUCCCUAUCCGCGGGGACGGGGGCAAGGCUAGAGACAUUACACAGAUACCCCUCGACACGUCGCAACCUGACGCAUACCCUGGUGCGGUCCCGUCGAGCAUUCCCUACCCUAGCUUGGUACAUCAGCCAAGUCGGUCCCUCUCUGGCGCGGGCUCUGCUGCGCCUUCGAUGAGCAUGACGCCCAGUGCCAGCUCUACUGGCAGCCAAUCUCAAUCCCAGUCUGUGGGACUGAGGGCGCGCAAAAUCUCCUCUGGCGCGCUGGACGUGCUCAAUUCCUUAUCAUCAGCGGCAUCUCCGGCGGCCAAGGCGGAUCGUCCUUCUGGUACCUUCAGUCGGCCAGCUCUUCCGACGUCUUCAAGCUCCUCAUCCUCCUCCAAUACUCGCCAAGGCGGAGGCGGCUUCCUCGGCUCACUCGGUCGACGCAACUCGAAGCGAAGCGUCCAAUCACCCGGCGCCCCGACGGGCAUGACUAUGACGAGUAGCUCGAGCCAACGCUCCGUAGCCGAUGUGGGCAACACCUCUUCGACCUCUCUAUCUGGCCCACGAGGGCCGCGAAUACCAGGAGCGGCAGGAGCGCUAGGUCGAGCGAUAGGCAACGUGUCUAGGCAUCACGGUGCGCAGAGCAACACUGCCGCGCAGAGCAGCACGGGAGUGAAUGCUGCAGGCUCGAUUGACCUUGGCGUGAUGGCCCGCAACCCGGAGACGGCCAACCUCGGCUUGGCUAUGACGAGGGGUAGUGCAUCAACAGACGCGGCUCGAGGACCAUCCGACGCUAGCUCUUCGGCUCCCGCUCCUCGACCAGCAGCAGUAAUACCGGAGGGAGUGUCGGCAAGCCCGAGUGGUACCCUCUCUGGUCCUCGCGGACCUCGCGCCCCAGGCACGCUGCGCAACUCGCCAAGCGUUCAAAGGCUCAAUGCCAGUGCGAGCCCUGUAGAAGGCGGAGGCGCGGGCGCUGGUACAGCGCCGACUUUCAUUCCUUCGUACCCGGGAGGCGGAGCUUCUCCGCCUAAGAAACUCUCUCCGCUCCACACGCCUACUACAGGACACGGAGCAGGGUCACAGCGCACUUCUCCCCAACCUGCAGAUGCUGGGCCGAGGGUGGGCAAGACCUCACCGCAGCCCUCGGACUAUGCAGCGGGCAACGGCAACAGCAGCAGCGGUCGCAGCGGCGCAAUGGAGGAUCGUCCCGAAUUCAAAGAGGCUCUACGCAAGCUGGUUGACGUUCUUCCUGACGCGGACGAGGAUGUUCUCUCCGGCUAUCUGAGAAGGGCGGCGGGCAACGAUCUGAGGGCCAUUGGGGAUUAUUUGGGGGAUCAGGCCACGGGAAGCUUGAAGCGACGAUGAUGUGUCGCCCGGCGCCGCGGGCCGGGAAUGCUUUCGUUCUAUAUCGUCUUGUUUAUACCUUGCAUCUAUGCUCGUCGUCCUGUCCUGUCUUCAGAUAAUGGACUGGCUUUCUUAUUUCAUCG